GCAGGCUGGGGUGCAAGUCUUCUUUUCUGUGCUUGGAUUAGUUCCUUGCAGUUCACAGCCAAGCAACCAUGAUGGGGUUUUUUAUGAUAAGUCAAACAACAGGACCACCUGGUGGCAAACAGGCCCCUUCCGGAAGCUCAAGUAAAGCCAGGAGAACAUCCUCAUGCUUUAAUUUGGGUUUGGCAACAACUGCCCAAAGACAGACAUGGCAAACUGUCUUGUCCAUCAUUCCUCUUCUUUUUGCCAGCACCGCUGCUUAUAACGAAAGCUAUUUAGCUGCAACUUACCAGACUCCACCUGGCACAAGACCAGGGUCUUCAGAUUCCUUGCCUUUCCAGAACUUUACUGAUGGACAGCAGUUGACUAGGCAAGACUUGGAAAAUGUGUCUGACAGUGGCCGGCCACGCUUUCCUGCUACAGGGAGAGAUCUGUAUACGGCAAACUUAUCGGCCAGCGCGGCUGGCACUGUUGACUGGUCCUUUGUUGCAAAUACCCAGUGGGAUUCAAGUAAUGUCUCUGGAAAUAUAGAGUUAAACUUUAGUGAGCAAGGACCCCUGAGUAUUGACUCGACCGUCAUGAAGAUGGACCAGAACAGUUCUAAUGUUCUGGAGCUUGCAACUUCACUCAUGCCUGAUUCUGCAAGCAUUUCUCUUAAGCUUGCUUCUAAAGGGGUUGAGCAGCUAGAAAUGACCACGGCACCUCUGUCCUUCAUAUCGCAAGGAGUAGAAAACAAAAAAAUGGAGGCUGCUUACACCAUAAGGGUGACUCCUACAUUGUCCCCAGUAUUGCCUCUUCCAGACACGAGUAGCUCCUUGCAGUUGGAUCAAAAUACAACACACCAGUCUGCACCUGCUUUCCGAAAUACAGCUGCUACUGAUCAGCCAACUGCUGCUGACACUGUGGUCUUAACUUCAAGAAACCCACUUGCUCUGGAGCACAUCCCCAGGGUUGCACAGGGCCUACAGGAAACGUCGUUGUCUUCAACUGAAAUGGUCUACAAAACCAGUUUACAUAGGAUAAUGGCUGAGUAUGCCGACACAGCUACUUCUACACAUAGUGACUUCCUCAGAGAGCAGGAUAGGAAGAAAGAAGAGUCCUACCUAAUAUCUGUAGGUUCUGAGACACUGCAUACCAGUCAUCAAGAUUCAAUGACCUCUUCUGUUGGAACAACUCCUCCUGGAACCACUAAUAUAAGGAUGAAAUUUCUCCACCCAAGUAGUGGGCAUGCAUCCCAUAGUUCUCUGGCUUCCACGUUGCACACUCCUGCCAAUACCUUGCCCGGCUCUUCUUCACAGUCUUCUGGUGCAAGUUCACACAAGGCUGACUCUGAGCCGACAAUUGUGUCCAACGGCCAGACACUAGAUACCACUGAAUCAGUGAGUAGAGGGCCUCCUGCAGCUGUCCAUGUAACUUUGUCCCAGUCUUCCCUCUGGCCCUCACUUAGUCAUUCAAAUGAAGCUUUGCCAGCUGUUACUUUACCCGCUUUUACAACUUUGGCAGGCUCCACAGGCUCUAGAAAGUCCAGAGGGUUUCCCACUCUGCAGCAGCCUGAACUCCUAAGCUCUGGCUUUUCUCCACGUAGACCUGUCCCCAUGACUACAGAGUCUCCUUUUGUGUCUUCACUGUCGGCUGCCACUGAUGGAGCCCAUGUCAAUCCGGAGAACUACACUGAGGACCCUCUGAAUUCUGUCUUCCCUUAUUGGGAGGGUAAGGGCACAAUCCCACCCACCUUACAAUCUACAGCUGCUCUGACUAGCUCUUCAAGCCAACCAACCAUGACAGAGUCCAGCACGAACAGGUCCCUGUGGUCCAAACCUAGAAAUCCUACUUUACCCAUUUCUCAUAGUUUGACAGCAGAGUCUUCUGCUGAUAUGGCUCAUGGCAGUGUUAACAAGCUGACUUUGGAGACUACUACACACAUUCCUCAUUCAUCAGCAGAUGGGGAGGCAGCGUUCAGCCUUUCUCUUGCCGCUGUGUCACUCAGCCUUGGCACUCAUGCAGAAACUGGCCUGCCUGUUGGAUCCCAGAGUUCUUGGAUGAAAGAGCAGGUCACAUCUCUGCCGUCAUCUCUUGGUACUACUGAAGAAGACUCUUUUGCCACUCUUGGGGUGAUAAGCACUUCUGCAGGCGAAGAAGCUAGGCUGGAAUUGAAGGAAGAUCCCUCUCCUGUACCACAGGAGCUUAUGGGUUUCAAUGAGGUCUCUACACAUGGCACCAUCUCAAACAGCAUUAGCUCCUCACCCUGGCAAGCUUCAAGUUCUUCUUCACUUGGCACAUCACAUGCUGGGGAUGCUGAAACAGGAUAUAAUGUUGGUCCACUGGAAGGUGUAACCAACACUGCUAGUUACAGGGAGCAGAAGACCAAGCCCCAUAAAAGAACUGCUGCUGCUCAACUGAUGCCUAUGUUCUCCUCGGAGGUCCCACUGGUGGCUUCAGGUGGUACUCCAGCUGAAGACUUGGUCUUUAGCUUAACUUCUGCAGAGUCUCCAGUUCAGCUGACAGAUGAGCACUAUGCUUUGCCCAGGAGGAGGAGUGGAUCGAUGCCAACCCCUUCUCCAAAUUCUGUCUCUCUUGCCACGUCGAGGGUAGUCCUAAAGUCCAAGGAGCCUUCUGAGCCAGAGACUCUAACAGUGUCCUUGGCCACAAAGAUGGCUAAUGAUUCUACUGUACACACAUUUACAGCAAGAAGUGACGCUAUGCGCCGCUCAAACCCAUACCUAGAAACAGCAGAGGCUACCCUGCCAAAUAGAGAUGUUUCUGAUGGAACGGUACAUGCUGAUCUCUCUACAGGAGACGCUACAACUAGGUCUGCAGCAGAAUUUCUCAGUGUGACUUCCCAGGGAUGGAAGCUUGCCAUUCCAACAUCAUCUCAUGCCACAGCUUCACAUGGAAACAUAACAGAUUCAGGAAGAUUUUCAGUCAUUCCCACCCGUGGGUCUAUAUCUACAAGCUUUAUCUCAAUGGGCUCCUCUAGGAGCAGCGUUCCAGAGUCAAUUUCAAAGAUAAAUGUUGAGGCUACCGAGGGCCUAAUGAGCAGGUGGAAAGAGCAUGUGGCACCUACCAACACAAUGCUGCCCAUUGCGUCAAGUGCAGAAACAUGGACAGAUGAUUCGAAAGCCAUUGCUUCUUCUCAAACAGCAGCUAACACUACAGAUACAACCACACUUUUGCCUACAAGGGCCUCUGAGGUUGACUUCAGUGCCUCUAGUGUAGCAACUACACUGGGGACCAUACUAGGAUACAAGAUCACAGAUGCCUUUACUGCAGCUGUCCCACAAGUAGUUAGCACAAUGGCUUUGCACAUUGGCAGCUCAGGGUAUGAAAGUUCCACUGCCUCUCAAGGCCCUGCAUAUCUGUCUCCCCCAGAGAGCACAUCUACCCAGGCUGUCCCUGUGUCAUCUGUUACAACAGAUCUGCUGACUAGCCCAAGAAUUCUACCUGGUGAGUUGACAAGAGCAGCUUGCAGGAAUGCCCCUUGUACAGUGAGCACUAGAAAGCUUUUGGUUACUCUACUGGGGUCAACAGAUGCCAUGAAGAAUGGGGCCAGUGCAGUUCUUGGCACCAAGGAGACCAGCCAUGAGCAUAUAAGAAGCACAACUACACAAAUGGUGUCUGGAAACCAAGACGGCAACACUCCAAAUCAGCCAGUGUCAAAGUUCAAGGCUCCAGCACUGAGCCAGUUCACCAGGAAUGAGAGUUUGACCUGGAGAACAUCUACGCCACCUGUUCUGGCUGUGCAUAAUCUGCCUCUGCGGUUCCGUCUCAUUGGAAUUGAUUAUGAAGAAUCCUUGGAGAACAAGUCUUCUCAAAGCUACAAGAAGCUGGAGAAAGAAGUAAAGUUGACCUUAAACAAGAUGCUAUCUACCUAUGAGACCUUUCUUCAAGCAAACAUUCUCCAUUUCUUGAAUGGCUCUGUGAUCGCUGAGGCUGUGGCUGUGUUCCAGGCUGGAGGCCCUGUUCCCACACCCUCGGACAUCAUCCGUACAAUUGUCACCGAGGUGGAGAGGCGGGAAAUGGACACCUUCUUUGGCUGGAGGGUGGAUGUGAAAUCUCUUCAGUCAAAAGGGUUCAGCUUGAAAAACCUAGAACCAGAGAAGCUGGAUGUAUCAUUCACGGUUCUGGGGCUGGGAUCUUCAACAUCAUUUGAUGGCAUCAUGAACUUGGAACAAAUGGAAAAGCUAAGACGCAAGGUGGUCCUGUUGCUUGGAACUCAGUACACAGUCCAGAAUAUCUCUCUUAAUCAAGUCAGAUAUAGCCAAGGUGGUGUCGAUAUAAAUGGAGAGGUCUAUAUUGAUACCAUUGCUCAUGUGGACGUUGGCUGGGCUCUAAAAGAACUGAUGGGGCUUAGAAACUACUCUGUAGACCUCACGUCUCUCUCCAUCAAUGGGUCACGCCUAAGUCUCCAGGUCUUUCCAGUGUCUUUCUUGGUAACCAACAGGAUAUUCAAUGAGAGAAUGAUGGAUCGUUCUUCUGUAGAGCAUCAGAACCUUGCCAGGGAUAUAUCUGAUGUGCUAACGCAUAUUCUGGGGAAGUACAAAAACCUCCUGCAAGUGGCAAUCCGAGACAUCACCGGUGGAUCCCUGAUAUGUCAUGGAGAUGUGAUAUUCCAGCACCCAGCUCCAACAAGCAAGGAUGUCCUACAGACGCUCACUCUUUCAGUUGGCCCAAAGGAUUAUCUGGACUCUUCAGAUCUCAAAGUGGACCCAUUCUCCUUUACUGUAGCAGGUGAUCGGCUGGAGCCUCCCGUUACACAUCGAGAUGUCUCUGGCUAUGUGGUAGCCAUCCUUGUGCUCUGUGUCCUUGCACUAUUUGUUCUUCCUAUCCUGGCUCUGCUGCGAAAGGUGCUUGGCCGGAGAGACAAGAUUAUAAUCAACAGGGGGCGUGACCAUGAAACAGGCGUGGAGAUAUUUGAACUAGAUAACCCAGGAUUCCACCGAACUCCGGAGGAGGUAUACUCCAGACUGUCAGAACAUAUGGAAAAAUAUCUCUAUAAAACUAUGCGUGGCAUGGAGAAAGUGGAGAUGGAAAGGUUUUCUUCCCUUAUAACACUAGCAUUUUUAGACAUCCAGUGA